AAGCAGCAGCUCCCUGCCUGCCUGCCCUGAUCUCACAGCCCAGCCUGGCUCCUGGCUCAUUGUUUCCAGCUUCACAUCCUCCUCUUUCAUGCACUUCCAAGGACUGAGCUGGUUUGGGAAGCCAGCUAAAGCGGAUCCACUGCAGCCUCCAGUGCCAUGAAUCAGGGCAGGCUUCUGUCACCCUUGUGUGGGUCUGUGCUCAACGUCGCUCACAUGCUGCCUACGCUGGCUGAGACCCUAAGACAAAAGUCGGAUUAGUGUGUGGACAUUGUCACCACCAUCUUCAUUGCCUGUAAUCAUGAAGCCCAAAAAUGCCGUGGAAACUCUUCUGAGAGUGCUGGGGAGAAGAGAGACCACUCGUAUACCAAGUAGCCACCGGCCUGGGAAGGUGUCCGAGCCUCACAGCUUCAAAGAGAAGGUAUUUAAGAAGAAGAAAAAGGCAUGUGUAGUGUGCAAGGAAUCCAUUGAGACCCAGGGGCUUGUUUGUAAAGUGUGCAAAGUGGCAAGCCACAAGAAAUGUGAAGCCAAGGUAGCGUCACCUUGCCAGCCCCUCCCUCCACCUGAACUGAGGAGGAACACUGCCCCAGUCCGGCGUAUUGAGCAUUUGGGCUCCACCAAGUCCCUCAACACCGCUAAGCAACGGAAUACGCUGCCCAGGAGCUUCAGCCUGGACCACGUGAUGGAACGCAAGUAUGACUUUGACCUCACUUACAUCACUGAGCGCAUCAUCUCUGUCUUCUUCCCCCCGGCCUUGGAGGAGCAGCGUUACCAUGGCAACCUUCGGGAGGUGGCCCAGAUGCUAAAAUCCAAGCAUGAGGACAAGUACAUGCUCCUCAAUCUGUCAGAGAAACGGCAUGACAUCAUCAGACUGAACCCCAAGGUGCAAGACUUUGGCUGGCCAGACCUGCACGCCCCACCUCUGGACAAAAUCUGCUCCAUCUGCAAAGCCAUGGAGACCUGGCUCAACUCAGACCCGCAGCAUGUGGUGGUGCUUCACUGCAAGGGCAACAAGGGCAAGACAGGUGUGAUUGUAGCAGCCUAUAUGUACUACAGCAAAAUCUCUGCAAGUGCAGACCAGGCCCUCAGCACACUGACCAUGCGCAAGUUCUGCGAGGACAAGGUGGCCGCUUUUCUACAACCCUCCCAGAAGAGGUAUAUCCACUAUUUUAGUGGGCUACUUUCAGGCACGAUCAAGAUGAACAGCAAUACCCUGUUUCUGCACCAUGUCCUGCUUCCAGCUAUCCCUACUUUUGAGGCUGGAGGAGGUUACCAGCCUUUCCUAAAGAUCUAUCAGUCCAUGCAGCUGGUCUACACUUCCGGGAUCUACAGCCUCCAUAGUGCUGGUGGAACUCAGAAGCUCUGCAUCAGCCUGGAGCCAGCCUUGCUGUUGAAGGGGGAUGUCAUGGUGAAAUGCUAUCAUAAGCAAUUCCAGGGCGCCGAGCGGGAUGUGGUGUUCCGAGUCCAGUUCCACACUUGUACCAUCCACAGCUCCCAGCUCUGGUUUAGCAAAGAUGAGCUGGAUGAAGCCUGGAGAGAUGAACGGUUCCCCUUUGAAGCAAGUGUGGAAUUUGUCUUCUCUUCCAGCCCAGAGAAAAUUAAAGGCCGUGAGACCUACAGGGACAAUGCUGCUGUUGCAGUAGAUUACAAUAUCUCAGAUCCUGUAGUGCGCUGGGACUCCUAUGAGAACUUCAACUUGCACCAUGAGGACAGCCUGGAAGAUGUCUUGCACACCCGGGGCCCACUUGACGGAAGCCUCUAUGCCCGGAUCAAGAAGAAAGGUGACCUGAGCAGCUUCUCCUCCACCACCAAUGGCAGCCCCAGCAGUCCAGAGUCCCCUCCGCAGCAAGGUGGGCGCCUCCUGUCUAUCAGCAGCGACUCGGGGCACUCCUCCAUGCUGACCGAGAAGGCGGAUGACAACACGCCACCGUCCCGGCCGCAGCCCACAGCCGCCGAGAAGGAGGAAUUGGACAGGCUCUUGGGUGGAUUUGGUGUACAGACACGGCAGCCGAGUGAGGGGAGCUGUCCUCAUGCCAUUUCUUCCUCUAAAGAAAGAGAAACUGCCAUUUUGGAAGAUGAGCUUUCAGACAUAGGUCAUCCAGGAACCCCCUUUUCCUACCAAACUCAGCGCUCAGGCCUGACCCGCCAUUGUUCCUGUCACCUUGGUUACCGCUCCCACAGCCCUGAGAGGCUUCACAAUGUGGCCUAUUACAGACCUGACGGCACUCUGGAGCGGCGACAGCCCGUCUAUAAUGGUGGGCACUCUCAUCCCCAUCCUGAGGGAUAUGAGGAGAAACGGCAGGUGUUUCGCUCACUUUCUGAGGGCAUACAGCCCCACGCCUAUCCCUUCAGCCAUGAGCCACUGUCCCCUCACAGCCCUAGCCGACGGGAACAUGAGGAGCUACUCAUCUUGGAGGACCCACCCACUUUCUUAUGCCCCUGCCAAGAUUGCCAAGAGAUAGCUCGUGAAGAGGCGAGGCUGCCUACUGCUUCUUUCUACAGCCUACGUCUGGACAGGGAACCUGAUUUAUGGGGGGUGGAAAAUGCAAGACCCUCACUGCUUCAUCAUCCCCUCCACCGGGGUGGGCAGCCUGUGCCUCUUCUAAUGCCAACUACGUAUGGGCACCCCCAUGGGCAACAUCAAGCUUUUAACUUUGAGCCCAAGAUGGUGGCAGCACACCUGGGCCAUGGUUACCCAGCCCACCAGAGGUCAAAGGCGAUGGAAGAGAAUGCUGAGGCAUUUCCUUACCCUCGCUAUGGUCCCCCUUACCGUCCAGUACCAUCAUAUGCCUAUGGAAGAAGCCCAGCGAAGUCCUGCCUUUCCCCUUAUGCCUCAGGAUACUUGGGAUCUCCCCACUCAGGCUCCAUCUCGCCAACCAGCCCACUAUAUCCGCCAGCCAGGAAACAUGGGUAUGAGCCUCCAGAGAGCAGCGAUGGAUACCUCCCGCCAGCCCCUGUGGAAAGGCCACGCGAGCUGCAAGACUGUAAGGAGUCCGUGCCCUGGCCAGAUAGUUCCAGCGCCAUGCAGCCACAUCGUCAAGAGGCACGAGCUGCUUGUGCAGACGUGGCUGGCUCUCCCAUGCCAGUCCACACCAGCAGUCCAGUAUUCAGCAGUGACAGCCCUGGAAUCCACAAGCACAGCAACAAAGCCGCCAACCCCCCUGAAAAUGUGCUCCGGGCAAGCCCUGAGGAGCUGGCUUCUCCUGGCUGGAAAAGAGGCCCAGAGAAGAUGGCUUCUUCAAGCAGUCCCACACAGACUCUGUCCCCGAUGCAGGCCUUCACGCACCUCCCCGCCUUCCGGCCACAAGCUAACGGAACUUCCCUGAGGCUUGGCCUCCAGUCACCACAGCCAUGCUCCCGUGCCCACUGUUCCUCCAGUCCACCCCACUUAACCCCCUCGCCCACAGCCAAACAUGGCAUCUUACCAGAAGACCUGCAACACCACAAUGGUUCAGAGAGAUCUAGCCCCCAUGAGUCAUCUGCUGAAGAUGCCUUGGGACCUCAGCUGGGCCCUACGGUGGAGAGACAGGCCCAGAGGAGCAGCUUAGGCGCUUCCUGCCACAGCCAGCCGCCUCUGCCUGGCUGCAGAACUGUGUCCAGCGCUCCAGCCUCACCUCAGAUCCCAGCAGCCUAUAACGGGCGAGUGCAGGGGGACAGAACUGAACCCGAGAUGAGAGCUCUUCUCCGGUGCCCUAGCAGCAGCCCCUCUCUUGGGCCCUACUCGAUCAGUGUUCAACCACCAGCUCUUGGCUGUGGGUUUGCUGACAUGCAGGGCUCACCAACCCCAGCCUUCCCCAUUGCGACGGCCUAUUACACAGGUGUAGAGAGCAGCCCCACCAGUCGGGACCAACUCUGUGAGCCACAGCAGCCGCCGCUGCCUGAAAAACAUCAUAUACUUGCAGCCAGGAACUGGGAGAGGAGCUCGCUGCCUGGCCGUAGCCCCGGCUCUGCUCACCAUGUUACCUUUGCACCUGGUGUGCCUGAUGGCAACACAUCUGGCCCAGAUCCAGAGCAAGAGAACCAGGUUAGCGUCAAAUUUGUCCAAGACACAUCAAAGUUCUGGUACAAGCCUCAUUUGUCCCGGGACCAAGCCAUUGCCCUCUUGAAGGACAAGGAACCUGGCACUUUCCUUAUUCGGGACAGCAACUCCUUCCAGGGGGCCUACGGACUGGCUCUGAAAGUGGCAACACCUCCACCCAACAGCAUCAACCACUCCACCAAAGGAGAUCCUGCUGAGCAGCUGGUGCGCCACUUUCUGAUUGAGACAGGACCCAAGGGGGUGAAGAUCAAGGGCUGUAACAACGAGCCCCAUUUUGGCAGCUUGCCAGCCCUGGUCUCCCAGCAUUCCAUUACCCCCAUCUCAUUGCCUUGCCGUCUCCGUAUCCCAAGCAAAGAUCUUGUGGAGGAGAGCCCAGAGCUGGCUGUUCCCACCAACAUGAGCACAGCUGCUGAUCUGCUGAAGCAGGGAGCAGCCUGCAGUGUACUUUACCUGAGCUCUGUGGAAACUGAGUCCCUGACAGGACCACAGGCUGUGGCCAAGGCAGCCACCAGCACCCUGAGCGCCACACCUUCUGCUUCUGCCUGUGUUGUGCACUUCAAGGUGUCAGCCCAGGGCAUCACGCUCACAGACAACCAGAGAAAGCUGUUUUUCCGACGUCAUUAUCCUGUCAGUAGCGUCACCUUCUGCAGCGCAGAUCCUCAGGACCGCAGGUGGGCAAACCCAGAUGGCACCACGUCCAAGAUCUUCGGUUUUGUGGCCAAGAAGCAGGGCAGCCCAUGCGAGAACGUGUGCCACCUCUUUGCCGAGUUAGACCCUGAGCAACCGGCAUCGGCCAUUGUAAACUUCAUCACAAAGGUUAUGCUGGGGACUCACCGGCGAUGAAGAGAGCUGAAGGGUUGCUGUUCCUGAUCUCUCACCAGGCUUCUCCUUCCUCCUCCCCAGCUUGACCACUGAUCUGUCAUGCCUACUUGAUGCAGAAUCCCCGGCAACGUGGGGAGAAGCUCUUAUUGGGCAGGUUGGCAGACUUAGGCGGAGCCCCUUAUAGAGAUUUUCUACUUCCCUCCCUCCCUUUCUCAUUUACUGGCCAGACAAAGGGGUAUAAGGGCGAAGGAUGACAAGGCUGCACUUCACCCCACCCCUAGAAGUCAAGGUUGCAUUUUCUUGCUAGCAGAGGAAGCACCAACAAAUGAGAACUUAGGAGACGACCAUACAGCUGAAACAUUUGGCUGAUUUUUCUGUAAGUUCAGCCAAGGUUCUGUGGCUCAACAGCAGUAAAAGGAAGCAAUGAAUAUGUGUAGCAAUCUAUAUCGAUUCAGAGGCAGCAUCUUGCAGUCAUGGUAGAUAAAGGGGUUAGAAUUACUCCAGGCAGGCCAAGGUUGGCACAGAUCUGCCUUUGGGCAUAUUAAGGGCCAGAAUACAAAUACAUGGACAAAUAUUGUUCUGGGAAGCCUGCCUUCUCUGUAGCAAAAGGGUGUGUGUAUGCGCUAUUUGCAGGAACAAAGCUCCCCCUGCCCCUGGUGAAGUGGGAAAAGCAACUGGGGAGAGACGUUUGCCAGGGGUGACCAAGGAUGUGGAGACUAGUGGACAGGUGAAGGGUUAAGCACCCCCAGUUGCUGUUUGCUCCCCACAAAUCCCAUGUAUAUGCACAUGCCUGCCACUUUGCAGCAGAGAACCAGCAGCUAGUUCCCAACUCGUUUGGUUCAGAAAAUGCAGAUCAUUCCAGCCUGACUAAAUACUGAUUAGACCAGAUGUGAGGAGCCUUUGGCCCUCCAGAUGUUGCUGAAUUACAACUCCCUUCAUCUCUGCCCAUUGGCCAUGCUUGCUAGGGAUGAUGGGAGUUGUAGUUCAGCAACAUCUGGAGGGCCAAAGGUUUCCCCAUUCCUCCAUUAGGCUUAUAAAUUCCUAACUUUGCUUCCAUUAGCGAGGAAGAUGCUCAGGCUUUGUAAGACAUAAUUCAUUACAGAAGUUUUAAACUCGGAUGGACAGAAAGCAGAUUGGGAUCUACUAGUAGGUUUCUGGAUGAUUUGAAGUAGAUAGGCAGGGAUUGUUUGACUGUCAAUUGUUUAAUGACAACAAAAUCACUCUCUUCCCCCCCCCAAUCUAUAUUGCUGUAAUGAAGAAAGUGGGACGAAGGGUUACCUGGAAUGGAUUUUUGUAUGAAGGGGCUGUGACAGUGGUUGGCCUUUAGCUAAAAAAAAUCACCAAAAAGUAGAUCUCAUGCCUGAUGUCUGCCUGCCCCCAUUUCAAACAUCCAGAAUAAAGCUGGUCUUAAGCUGACAAAA